AUGAUGGCAGCGGAGCCCUCGCCGUCGGUUCCCUCCACCGCCGCUGACGACCUCGAAACCCUCGCCCUCGACUCAUCCUCGUCGUCCGCCGCCGCUACCGCCUCCGCCUCCACCGACCCCCUCCUCCGGCCACCUACCUCCCCGACCACCGCCGCGAGUGACGAUCCCUUCGUCAUCGACGACUUCCCCGACGAGGACGACUUCUCCACCGCCCCGUCGCCCAGCGUCGCCCGCCCGCCGCGCGCAGCCCGCGGCGAUGCGGCGUCCCUGGUGUUCGCCAAAAUCACCGUAUCCGAUCCCAAGAAGCACGCGGAGCCCAGCGGCGCGGGUGCCGCCGGUGUGAUCCCGGGGUCCGGCAGCUACUUCUCUUACCUCAUCACCACCCGUCUUGCUGGCGGCGGCGGGGAGGUCCGCGUGCGGCGGCGCUUCCGCGACGUGGUGGCCCUAGCGGACCGCCUUGCCGCAGCCCACCGCGGCCUCUUCGUCCCGGCCCGGCCUGACAAGAGCGUCCUCGAGGGGCAGGUCAUACAGCGCCACGACUUCGUGAGCCAGCGGUGCGCUGCGCUCCAGCGCUACCUCUGCCGCCUUGCCGCGCACCCCAUCGUCGGCCAGAGCCCUGAUCUCCGCACGUUCCUCACGGAGCCUGGUUCCAUCCCCGCCUUUCAGGGUGAGGCCCCACGGUACUGGACUACCACUGUGAAUGCUGCUGCUCCACUGGUGCCGACGAAAGCUGGGAGGAACUUGUUUGGGAUGUUUAAGGGUCUCAAGCAGACGGUGGUGAAUGGACUGGUUGCAACAAAGCCUCCACCUGUGGAAAAGGAGACAGACAAGGAGUUCCUGGCGCACAAGGCUAGGUUUGAGGACUUACAGCAGCAGCUCACCACAACAUCGCAGCAGGCGGAAGCGCUUGUUAAAACCCAAGAUGAUCUUAGAGAAACCACAGGUCACUUGGGAAUGACAUUGAUUAAGCUGGCAAAAUUUGAAAGAGAGCAGGCAACAUGUAAUUCCCUAAGAAGACGGUCUGGUGAAAUCCAUAAUUUUGCAAAUUCUGUUUUGAAGAUGAGCAGGUCACAGAUAAAAUUAAACUCUGAAAUUGUGAAACACCUGGGUAGUAUCCAUGAAUACUUGGAGAUGAUGAUAUCAGUUCAUCAUGCAUUUACAGAUCGCUCUAAUGCUUUACAUUACGUACAAAGUCUGUCAGCAGAUUUGUUUUCCUUGCACACCAGGGCAGGGAGACUUGAAUCUUCAUCAGCAAGAGAUAUGGGGCAUGAGUGGUCAACAUAUCAGAAAGUAGAGGGGUUGAAAGAAACAAUAAGAUCAGCGGAAGCAGCCAAAAGUGAUGCAGUUAGAGAAUAUGAAAGCAUUAAGGAAAACAACAAGAUUGAAAUAAAAAGAUUUGACAAGGAAAGACGCCAGGAUUUCAUCGAGAUGCUGAAAGGUUUUGUGGUAACUCAGGUGUCUUAUUCAGAUCAUUUUGCUAAUAUGUGGACAAAGGUAACAGAGGAAACAGAAGUAUAUGCAAACAGGAGCAACUGA